AUGGUGGCAUCAGAUGUCCUUGUCACAAUUGCAUGUGUAGCGGUAUAUUGUCUGCAAGUGAAGUCAAACUUCACUAGUAUAGGUUUGGGUUCCAACCAAAUUAUUGCUUGCAAAUCAAAUUGGAAUGUUCCACACAAAUGUCUUGAUUUCUUUGCAAGCAUGCUUGUAGAUGUGUGCCCUUUUAAGGAUUCACUUCCAAAAAAAAUUUACCAAGCGAAAAAAUUGGUCACAAUGCUAGGAUUGAAGUCUGAGAAAAUUGAUUGUUGUGUUAAAGGGUGCAUGUUGUACUACAAAGACAAUAGUGCAGAUAUAGAGUGUAGGUUUUGCCAUGAACCUCGAUAUGUUCCUCGUAAACCUGGGAUAGGUAACCAUAAAGACAUUCCAGUUAAGAGGAUGUUCUAUAUGCCGAUCACUCCAAGGUUUGGGUUCCAACCAAAUUAUUGGUAUUGGACUCAACAUGGUGAAGAAGCUCCACAUGUUGACCCAGAAAAUGUUCCAAGUAGUAGUGGAUAUAUUGAUAACGAUGAUCCAUUUACGUUAAUGCAACAUAUGGUCGAUGAUGCAUUUGGUCCAACUUAUGACUUCCAAAAUAUGGGUGAUGAAGGCAACGAGGAAGAGAAUAAUGAAGAGCCCCCAAAUGAUGAUGCUCAAGACUUUUAUGAUUUGUUAACUGCUGCAAACAAACCCUUAUAUGAGGGGGCUUCUGAUUCAAAACUUUCAAUAUGCGUGAAACUUUUAGCUUGCAAAUCAAAUUGGAAUGUUCCGCAGAAAUGUCUUGAUUUCUUUGCAACCAUGCUUGUAGAUGUGUGUCCUUUUAAGGAUUCACUUCCAAAAAAAUUUUACCAAGCCAAAAAACUGGUGACAAUGCUAGGAUUGAAGUCUGAGAAAAUUGAUUGUUGUGUUAAAGGGUGCAUGUUGUACUACAAAGAGAAUAGUGCAGAUAUAGAGUGUAGGUUUUGUCAUGAACCCCGAUAUGUUCCUCGUAAGCCUGGGAUAGGUAACCAUAAAGACAUUCCAGUUAAGAGGAUGUUCUAUAUGCCAAUCACUCCUAGGUUAAAAAGAUUGUAUGCAUCAACGGAAACUGCUGCCCAAAUGAGAUGGCAUCAACAUAAUAGAUCAAGUUCAGGCAUUUUACGUCAUCCAUCUGAUGGGGAAGCUUGGAAUCAUUUUGAUGCAAGGUAUCCAGACUUCGCAAAUGAACCAAGAAAUGUAAGGCUUGGUUUAUGUUUUGAUGGCUUCACGCCAUACAUUCAGGCCUCUUCAACCCUAUAUUCUUGUUGGCCUGUUGUUGUGACCUCGUAUAAUCUCCCGCCCGAAAUGUGCAUGACUAAACCAUUCAUGUUUUUGACUUGUCUCAUACCUGGACCAUCUAACCCCACAAGCAAACAUCAUGUAUAUUUACAACCGUUAAUAGAUGAGCUUAAACAGUUGUGGAGUAAAGGGGCUUUGACUUAUGAUAUUUCCAUGAAACAAAAUUUUGUAAUGAGGGCAACCUUAAUGUGGACAAUUAACGAUUUUCCUGCUUAUUGCAUGUUAUCUGGAUGGAGUACCCAAGGUAAGUUGGCAUGUCCGAUGUGUAUGGAUGGAAAUAAGGCUUUUACCUUAAAAUGCGGUGGCAAAAAUUCAUGGUUUGAUUGUCACCGUCGUUUCUUACCUCAUAAUCAUGCAUUUAGAAGAAGUAAAAAAGGGUUUACUAAAAAUAGGGUUGUGAAAGAUGAACCUCCUCCAAUAUUGACCGAUGAAGAAGUUUGGGGUUGGGUUCACAAUAUUCCACGAGUGAUAGAUAAUGCACAUUCUAAAUUGUCUGGAUAUGGAGUUAGCCAUAAUUGGACUAAACGAAGCAUAUUUUGGGAUCUUCCAUACUGGAAAGAUAAUUUAUUAAGGCAUAAUUUAGAUGUCAUGCACAUAGAAAAAAACUUCUUUGAUAAUGUGUUUAACACUGUCAUGAAUGUUAAGAACGAGACUAAGGACGAUGAAAAAGCACGAAUGGACUUGGCCAUCAUUUGCCAACGUAGCGACCUGGAGUUGGUUCCACAUAACAAUGGAAAAAUGACAAAACCUAAGGCAAAUUAUUGUCUUACGUCUAAUGAGGCAAAGAAUGUUUGUAAAUGGAUAAAGGAGCUUAAGAUGCCAGAUGGGUAUGCUUCUAAUUUGGCAAGAUGUGCAGAUGUUAAUAGAGGACAAAUGAAUGGGAUGAAAAGCCACGAUUGUCACGUAUUUAUGGAGUUUUUGCUUCCAUUUGUAUUUAGUUCACUGCCUGACCAUGUGUGGAAACCAUUAACAGAAUUAAGUCAAUUCUUUAAAGGCUUGUGCAACAAUACCUUAAGACACGAUGAAUUGGUCAAAUUGGGUGAAAAUAUUCCAUUCAUCAUAUGCAAACUUGAAAGAAUCUUUCCACCAGGAUUCUUUGAUUCAAUGGAACAUCUUCCAAUUCACCUACCGUAUGAGGCAAAACUUGGUGGUCCAGUUCAAUAUCGAUGGAUGUAUCCAUUUGAAAGAAUGAUGGGUGAUUUUAAGCGCACAGUGAAAAACAAGGCUAGAGUGGAAGGCUCAAUAUGUAUGUCAUACUUACAUCGAGAGACAACAUAUUUUUGUUCCCACUAUUUCAAAACAAUCUCUUUGUUUGAUAGAAGCCAGCAUAAUGAAGGUGCAAAAUUAAAUGAUGCUGUCACGACAACACUAUCAAUUAGCAAUCAAUUAGGACGUCCUAGUGGGAAGGCCCAAACACAUUGGUUGAGUGAUGCUGAAAGAAGGUCUGCUCAUGUACACAUCCUCAUCAAUUGCAACGAGGUCAAGCCAUAUAUUGACGCCUUUUUGCACUCUAAUUCCAUUCUUGAAGAAGAUCCUAUAUCUCAAACUCGUAUACAUGGAGAAUUCCCAGAAUGGUUUCGUGCGUAUGCCAUUGACAAGGAAAAUGGCGUGACUGACCCUAACUUGUUAUCAUUAGCUUGGGGUCCUAACUCAAUGGUUAAAACUUGGCACAAGUAUUACAUUAAUGGGUACAAAUUUCACACAAAAGCUUGGUCUCAGGGUAAGAAAACCAUAAAUAGUGGAGUUUAUGUGAAAGGGGUUACUCGAGGAGGGGAAGAUGAUUUCUAUGGAGUCAUCCAACAUAUCUUCGAGUUGGAGUAUUACAAAUUGCCUCACAAGGUAGCCUUGUUUUAUUGCCAAUGGUUUGAUCCUAGAUGA